AUGGAUCUCAGCAUUGAACACAAGGCACUCCUCCAGGAGAUGAUGCUAUUUCGAAUCGAGCGAUCGGCGGUGACUUUGCCACCGGAAUCUUCAGACGCAGGAUCCUUUGGCAGUGGCAACACAGUAGCCUCGAAUCCUCCUGAAAGUCAAAAGCCUCCUUUCGGAUUUAUGGCGGAAGAGGAUCCAAAUAUGGCUAAGGCUAAUGAUUGUUUACUUUUCAAUCUUGAAGAUUUUGUUUCUGGUUACAUGGGACGUCCCAAGCAUCUUCGAAUUUACCAUUUGCUGACCAACAACAUGUUGGAUGAGGAUGACGAGAUCAAAGCCUUGAAGAUGCUCUUUGAUGGGCUAAAGAAGACACUGGACAGGAGCUUCCUCUAUGACGUGUCUAUCCGAAUCCGUGGCCGACUUGGAGAUGAAUAUUCUGUGACACCCGAGAUGCGACACAAGAUGAUGGAGGAGUACGAUAAAGAAUAUGCCCGCAAAACUUCUUACUUGGAAGUUACGAAGCUGAAUGUCUUUAAUGAGAACUGGAUUGCCAAUAAUCAAGGUCGGGAGUUUAAUCAGGUGGUGCAAAUAGAGAAGGAAAAGGCGGCACUCAGUCUAGGAAUCUUCUUGUACGAAAAUGGACAAGCACAUGAAGCUUACGAAGUCCUUCAAACGAUACCAGUCACCCUUAGACUUAUGCUUGUGGCAUUGGAGUGUGAACUCUUUGACGAGGUCAUCCGCUUAUCUCUUGAGCGACCCGAUGAUGAUGUUGAGGGUGAGUACAUUUUUAGGAGCGACGACUUCUUCGCUGACCUAUGUCUUCGGGGGUUGGCAUACAUGUCAAUAAAAGAAUAUAACAAGGCAGCAUGUGUGUUUUUGGAGAUAAUAAGACACUCUGAAAAGUGGAAUUUGAGAAACUACAGGUUUAUAUUGAUGAGCUGGGAUGAUAUAUACAUGUUCUCCACGUGGCUUGUGACAGCAACCUUGAGCAAUGAGGACAUAGUAGGAGGUUGGUAUACGUUUGCAAAGCACAGCUGUCAACUACCAGUACAGAUUUUUCUUAGAAUCGUACAUUGCAAGGGAGUACUCAGUUUGCUUAGCCUUUUUGGAAGCACAAAAAUUAACGUCUAUCUUCAUGAUCACGUUGAGGAACUAUUCAAGCUCAUCAAAGAGAAGUGUAGCGUUGGAGGAAAGGAGGAAGAGUUUUGA